AUGUGGUUAAAAGGACCCUUCAAAUCGCGUCGCCCGAUUGGCAACCCCACAUUCGCGAUUGAAACGUCAGAGAGCCUGGUCUCUCCGGAUCCCGCGCGCGCAGGAUAUGCCAAGGACUUGCCUGCGCUGCCAUACGAUUCAACAAUUUCAGUGAAAGGUCCUCAAGUUGCCCAAUCUACCAAGCCUCUACCUCCUCCGGGCACCAGCUAUGAGAACAAACAAUAUCCAGAUCUAUCUCCAGCCGUUUCACCCGAACUGGGGCCUCGAGUACGUGAUAGUGGAAGCAGCUUCUGCGUCUCGCCCAUCGAAGAGAGCGAGGCUGAUCGAGGGUUCCGCCACGAGCGAAUGGGCUCUUGGGGAUAUGGAGUCGCGGCUCCUGUCCCAUCUCGCGCGGGUAAUCCUGAGCCAUCGCCGCCCGACCCCUCGCAGUCGGCACCGAAAACCAUCAAGUUCACGCUAAGUAGCAACGAACAACCAACUCGCUGGGAUGCAUACUCGGGCGAGCCAACAAAGAACACUGCCGGACAAGCGGUCCAAGUAGAGCCGCGAAAAACAGCCUUCCAUAAAUCGUCCGGAUCGCACGCUACCAACCUCCUACACUGGGGUCGCGAGCAAUUGCAGCCCAGGAAGAAACUUGAACAGGCACGGAGCCGGAUCCCUAUUCUCUCCAAGCAGGAAAACCCCGCACCAGAAACCGGCAAUCGAUCGUCGUCACGUGUGUUGCCGUUCACAGAGCAUUCCGUCAGUAAAGACGCGAUUUCCCAACCCAAACUUCCUAAUUUGGGCUUUGCCCCUACGGUCGUGACGACAAUUACCGGCGGCGGCAGGAAACCGUCGCCAGAGAGACCGGCUACCGAGCAUGUCUACAAGACCCCUCGGCGAGAGGCAUCGAAUACAAACCUCGACGCAGCAAUAGACAACAUGGUGCGGUCUGAACAGCCUCCAAGCCGUUCGGGCGCGACUCAUACCGCUAUCGGUACCGACAGUGCCAAUAGAAGUCCAAACAACAGCCCACGCGCAAGUCUAACCCUUGGAUCGAAGUCUACAGAGGACCUCCGGGGUUCUAUCAUGUCGCGCCGGCGCCCGGUUCCCAUUUCCAUGCCCACCUCCAAGAAGCCAGUAAGAAAGCCCACUCCCUCGGAGGCCGCUCAAGAGCCAACAUUGGCAACCCAGUCCGACGACGCGCCCAAGGACACGGUAGGUCGCAUCGCGGCCCUAGAGGCCCGACGCGACGAGCUCGCGAAACGCAGAUUCAACCUGGAGACCGUGAUCCACGAGUUGACGCGCGUGAUUCAGCCCGGGUCUAUCGCGUAUGAUCUCGCUGCGAAAGCAGAGGUCAAGCGCAGUGUGCAGAGUAUCGAGAAUGAAAUUGCGGAGAUCAAGCGAGAAGAGCAUGAGCUGGGGUUGAAGGUUAGUCGCGCGUGGAGACGGUUGGAUGAAAGGGAGAAUCUUGGCGAUGGUAGUAACCUGUGGGUCAAGCGCGUCACGAGUUGA